GUUGUCAAUGCAGGAAGCAGACGAAUUUUCUUCCUUGUGUAACGUCACGCUCUUACGGCUCUUUUAGUCCUCUAAAAUAAUUACGUCAGAUAUUUCUGGCUAGUUAGUGAAAUAUGGCGACUGCUCACGGUGAGAAGGUUUUGAAGUAUUUGGAAGAAAAUGGGACUGCCAGUUCACUUAAACUAGCUGAGCUUUGGAAUGAAGAUCACCAAAAGAUCGUUGGUACCGUGAAAAGCCUUCUUUGUCUUGGAGAAGUAAUUGAAGCUGAUCUUCAGAGCUCUGCGCUAUGGGAUCUUACUGAAGAAGGAAAACAAGUGGCUAAAGAUGGUAGUCACGAAGCUCAAGUUUUCAAUGCUAUCCCACCUGCUGGAAGUACACAAGCAGAAAUUGUGGCUAAAGUUACUGAAGUGAAUUCUAAAUUCACAAAAGAUAUGGCCAAAGUUGGUUUCAGUAAAGCCAUGUCACUUGGUUGGAUUGUCGUUGACAAGAGUUCUGGAGCUCCCAAAUUCAUUAAAAAAGUAACUUCUAUUCAAGAUAAGGUUCAGGAACAUCUUAAAGAACUUGCCACUGGAAAAGACACACUCACCAAUGAAUUGAGAACUGAGUACAAAAAGAGAAAACUUAUCCAAGAAAUAAUUAUCAAGAGUUAUCUGAUGAAACCUGGUCCAUCAUUCAGUACAAGUGUCACUAAACAAGAGACUGAUCUUACACCUGAAAUGAUCGCUUCCGGUUCAUGGAAAACAAAGGAGUUCAAAACAUACAAUUUGAAUGCUCUUGGGACUCCAAUUCCGCGAGGACAUUUGCAUCCCUUAAUGAAAGUACGAGCAGAAUUUCGACAAAUAUUUUUGGAGAUGGGAUUUACUGAAAUGCCCACAAAUAAUUUUGUUGAAAGUUCCUUCUGGAAUUUUGAUGCCCUUUUCCAACCUCAGCAACAUCCUGCACGAGAUGCUCACGACACCUUCUUCCUUUCUGACCCGGCAACAGCAACAAAUAUCCCUGUCGAUUACAUGGAGCGUGUGAAAAAAGUACACAGCCAUGGAGGUUAUGGUAGUCAAGGUUAUGGAUAUGAUUGGAAAAUAGAAGAAGCGCAAAAAAAUCUUCUUCGAACCCAUACCACUGCCGUUAGUGCGAGGAUGCUUUACGCCCUUGCUGAGGGUGGUUUCAAACCGGCGAAAUACUUCAGCAUUGACCGUGUUUUCCGAAAUGAAACGCUUGAUGCUACACAUUUAGCUGAAUUUCAUCAAAUCGAGGGAGUCAUUGCAGAUUAUGGCCUGACACUGGGGAAUCUAAUAGGAGUCCUGUAUGAAUUCUUUCGCAAACUGGGCAUUGAAAAGCUGCGGUUUAAACCUGCCUACAAUCCGUACACUGAGCCCAGCAUGGAGAUUUUUAGUUAUCAUCCUGGCCUUAAAAAAUGGGUUGAGAUCGGAAAUUCUGGAAUAUUCCGACCGGAAAUGUUAUUACCAAUGGGACUUCCUGAAGACGUUUCAGUUCUGGCAUGGGGUCUUAGUUUAGAGAGGCCGACGAUGAUUAAAUAUGGCUACGAUAACAUUCGGGAUUUGGUGGGCCCUAAAGUGAACAUACAGAUGGUAGCAGACAACCCUCUCUGCCGACUGGACAAACACCGUGGUUCUGAAAUGAAGGAAACAGACGAUCUGCAGGACUUGGAGAAUCGCAUGGAUUCGAUCAUGACUCGACUACGUGGCAUUGAAACUGAAGUGAAGAAGUUAAAAAGACAAGGCAAAACUACUGAAGAAAAAUUAACUCUUGUCAUAGAGGCUGAUCCGAAAUAUCCACCACGAUCAAUUCAGACCUUGGUGAGACUCCUGGCAGCUCGAGAAGAUGCCCGUACCAUAGUGACCGUUCAUCAGCAUUCAUCUUUGGCAAGUGCUUGUCCAACCGAUUUGAUGCAAUGGCCGAACUUGACUGUAUCAGAUGGCAGUCGAAUCGACAACCAAUGCAAUCUUACUUGGAUUUGGAAGCCAAUAGGACGCCAUCCCAUCGCCAAGAUUGUCAAUCGGCCUAACGGAGAUAUCCACGGUGAAGCCGCCAUCGCUCGUCUACUGGCCCGACUUCUUGAAUCCUGGGCAGAUUGUGCAAUGUAUGAAAAUUUUGAUUCAAGCAUUUGCUCACAGAUCGACGAUUGGUUGGAUUCAUGGGAAAGUUGCAUUCAGUCUGGCGACUCCAAGUUCUUGAUGUUGAUACGGCGAAUUCACAAUCAACUGGGUCAUCCUGACGGACGUAAAUGGCUAGUAGGACCUCUACCCGGAGUUAAAUCACUCGCCGAUAUUUUCUUAUCCAACCUACUAGGCGAUAAACUAAACACUUUAAACAGUGGCCAGGCAAAAGAGUGGAUGUUGCGGUGUGCUUCAGCUUGAUUCAACUUGUCCGAAGUUGCGACUUCUUUCUAUCAUUUCAGUGCUGCCUUGUAUGUGACAAUACAAAGUACGAUGACA